CUCCAGUUAAGAGAGUCACAGAAUAUAAGCUGUGGCUGAAAGGCAAAAGCUCCUGAUAAAUUGCUGGAUCCUUCAUGAGAAGUUCAAGCUGUAGAAAUAAUUUUCUACCAACAGGAGAAGAUGGGGAAUCUUCUGAUGCUGCUGUUUGUUACCCUGGUCCUGACAGCCCUUUGCUGUUGUGAAGGAGAUCUAAACAGGGCCUUGGACGAUGGCGUUAAGAUAAAUCGGGAAACUGCCAAUGCCUUUGUGAGGAGGCAGAAGAGGGCUUACCAGUAUUAUGAAAGGUACUAUGAAAUGUUCAAAACCCCACAGGAGCUGAAGCAAGAGCAGUGUGAAAACUAUGCACCCUGUGACUACUACUCUGAAUUAGUGGGAUUCCAUGCAGCCUACCGCCAUUUCUUUGGACGCGUCUGAGGGUGAACAUCUCCUGCUCUCACCUGGCUGAGACAUCUGCUGAGAAUGAAAGCAAUGGG